CCCUAUGGAUCGGCACAGAACAGUGACAUUACGUAAUCAGUAAUCCGUAAUCCUACGGUACGGAAUCUUCCUCGACACCGCCGUACUCUCACUUCACACUGAUGGCACUAGCUGAUCCCAGUUGCUCCGUCACAUUUCUAAUCUCCUUCUGUGAAACCGAGGCCGAMGUGUAGUUCCAGAAAAAGCCAAGGAGGACGUUCCCGUGGGCGAACUCUGAAGACAAAAUGGCACCAUUUGUGAAGCUUCGAAAGACAAAACUCCCUGAAGACCAGCAUCAUCCAUCGGAAUAUCGCGGGAUCUUCGGCGAAAAAGGCGACUCGGAUGAUUGGAACGAGGCAGUGAGAGAUUUUCCAAACAAAGUCCCUCGAUUCGAAUCGCAAGACGACUGCUUGCAGUUCAUGAAAGAGUAUGUCCGACAUCACGGUGGAUCGAAUCCAGGAUUCCCCCACUUGAAACAUAUCUUUACCACUUUAAUCACAUGGGAUCAAAUAGAACAGAUAUUGAUACCGGCGAUUACCAAAGCUCGAAAGGAACCCAGCCAAGCCAAAAAAGUUCCCCAGGAUUACGGCCGUACUCCCGACGACAACUCACGCAACAUCUAUGAACGUUCCGGAGGCAAAGAAGUUGUGGACGCUAUCAAUUUUCGACUUAAUCUUCCAUUUCAUAAAGCAACAACGCCUGUCUCGGUUUUGAAUACGUUGAAAUAUCUCUUUUUCCACAUGAAAUGUGGAAUUUACGUAAUGAUUCGUGACGGGAAGGUUAGAAUAUUCUGUCCCUUUUCCAACAGAGAUUAUCGCAAUACUUGGAGCGGGAGAUUAAAAAUUGAGGGAGGUGGCUCCCUCGAGGAAUAUUAUGCAAAGAAGAAGGGCAUUUGCCGAAAAGAAAACAUCGAGGAAGACUUGUCCGUCUGGUGGGCAAACGGGAACAUUAUUUGCAAUGAGCUUUCUUCAAAUAAGAACGAGACCAAAUAUCAAAUCCAGGUAUGGGGUGAUCAAUUCUUGUCACCCUUGAAAGACAUGUUGGCCGAGGCCUGUCGAGAACGACAGAUUCCGGAUUGCGAAUUUUUCCUGAACAAGCGUGACUACCCCCAGCUGAAGGUAAACGUGGAGCGCGGCAUCCCAGUUGAGCCGUAUGGCUUUAUAUUUGAUAAGGACGACCGAGAUCCAGCACAGGAUGUAGACCUUGUGGACGAACACAAAUUUAAGACAUAUGCUCCCAUCGUAAGUUUCUAUGCUGCUGCCGAAGAUCGCUUUUCCGAUAUACCGUGGCCAUCCUCCGAAGAUUGGGAGGGAGCCUGCGGAUUGGUUUUUCCACAAACGUUCCUGUACAAAGAGGUGGACGAGGAAGGCUACCCCGUUUUCAAGCCUCCCCGUGAUCUGUUUACGGAACAAAACUUUCAAAAAUUCAAGCGAGGAUGGUAUGAAGGCCGCGUCGCUACAGCAUUUUUCAGGGGAACGGCUACAGGAGGAGGAACAACCGUCGACAACAACCAGCGCCUCAAAGUGGCUUCUUUGUCACACGAAUGGAAAGAUGACGAAGAAAAAGGCGGAGAUGAACCCUUCCUAGAUGCAGCCAUUGUAGGGUGGAAUCUAAGAGACAAAAAAGAGGCGGCGCAUCCGAUGACAUUUUUGAGGCCAAGUGAUUUUAAAUUUACAGCUGGAAGACAUCACUUCACACCGAUCUACGAACAAUCAAGGUAUAAGUAUUUGGUGUACGUUGAUGGSCAUUGCGCUGCGUGUCGUUAUGCCUUCAUGAUGCGGUUAGGAUCGGUCAUUUUAAAGGUUGAACCUCGGCAGGUUGCCGAUAGAAUGUGGUACUUUCCUCUCUUGCAGCCAUAUGUGGAUCACAUUCCUAUAAAAUCGGAUCUCUCGGAUUUGGAAGAAAAAAUUCGGUGGUGUCGUGAGCACGACGAAGAGUGUCGAGAGAUUGCUGAAAAUUGCCUCAAACUGUACGACAAGUACGUAGCACGUGCUGGACUUCUGGAUUACGUCGAAAUGGUUACCAAACACAUAGCCAAGAGGCACAUCGAAGCUCCUGGAUGGUGGGAGGCUCCACCACCAGCGCUACCACCUCCCAAGCUCAACAAGCCCACUACUCUUUGCUAUGAACACAAAGGAACUGGUGAAUCCCGUCUCUGCGUCCGGUGUCAAGAAGAUGCUGACAAGGAACAAAAGGAAUUGGAAGCGACCCAAAAACUUGCAGCGAGCGAAAAGAAGAGCAAGAAGCAAAGAAAGCAGGCGUUGCGGGAGCGAAUGCUCAAGCGGUCCAGAAAGUGAUGGAUGAAUCGAUUCGGAACUUCUCACGUCAUGAAUGCCGUUUUUCGGCACCUUGCCCUUAGUGCGUGGAACCAAAGUUGACU